AUCCACCUCACUCGCUGUCUCACACACACACACACACACACACACACACACACUAAACUUACCUCUCAUCCUUCCUUUGACUCUCUUCUUCUUCUUCUUCUUCUUCUUCCCCGGCAGCCCGGGGCCCCCUGAAUACCCCCUUAAAUAAAUCCCCUAAUAAAUUCUUUAAUUCAAAAAGAACGAAAAAAAAGAGCAAAAAUCCUCCGAUCACCGAGAAUUCGAUUGAAUUAUGGCGACGGAGAUGGCUCAGAUGGAUCCAGAAGGAAUCGACGGAGUUCGGAUGACGUGGAACGUCUGGCCACGGACCAAAGUCGAAUUGAGCAAGUGCGUGAUCCCACUCGCCGCCUCGAUCUCUCCGAUCCGAUCUCAUCCCGACGUCCUCACCCUCCCAUACCCGCCGCUCAAGUGUAAAACCUGCACCGCCGUCCUCAACCCAUUUUGCCGCGUCGAUUUCCAAGGUCUAGUUUGGAUCUGCCCGUUUUGUUUCUCGCGGAAUCAUUUUCCCCAGCAUUACAACGCAAUUUCGGAGACGAAUAUGCCCGCCGAGCUCUACCCCCAAUUCACCACCAUUCAGUAUACCCUCCCCACCCUGCAGCCGAUUCAUCACCAUCAAAACCCUAAUCAAAACCCUAACUUUUUCGAGCCGAAUUCGGCUGUUUAUUUGUUCGUUUUGGAUACUUGUGUCCUCGAGGAGGAAUUGGAGUUUGCGAAAUCGGCAUUGAAAAGGGCUAUUGGGAUGUUGCCUGAUAAUGCUUUGGUUGGGUUUAUAUCGUUUGGGACGCAGGUGCAGGUUCACGAGCUGGGGUUUUCGGAAUUGUCAAAGGUGUAUGUUUUUAGAGGGUCUAAGGAUUUGACGAAAGAUCAGGUUUUGGAGCAGUUGGGACUUGGUGUUAUUGGGGCAGCACGACGCCCAAUGCCUGGAAUUCAGAGAGUUGGAGGUAGCCCUGUAGGAAUGCCGAAUCCCGGUUUUUCUAGAUUCCUGUUGCCUGCUUCUGAGUGCGAAUAUACGCUCAAUUCGCUAUUGGAUGAGUUGGGGACGGAUCGAUGGCUGGUGCCACCUGGGAGCAGGUCGUUACGGUGUACAGGAGUUGCAUUGAGUGUUGCAGCUGGUUUGCUUGGAGUUUGCGCAGCUGGUCAAAGCGCAAGAAUUGUUGCUUUAGUUGGUGGACCAUGUACUGAAGGGCCAGGAGUGAUUGUUUCCAAGGAUCUAUCAGAUCCAGUUCGUUCACAUAAGGAUUUAGACAAGGAUGCUGCACCAUUUUUCAAAAAAGCUGUUCAUUUCUAUGAAGAGCUAGCUAAGCAGCUUGUCAGUGAGGGUCAUGUCUUGGAUGUUUUUGCAUCUGCUCUUGAUCAGGUUGGGGUUGCUGAGAUGAAGGUUGCCAUUGAAAAAACUGGUGGACUUGUUGUUUUAGCUGAAAGUUUUGGUCAUUCAGUAUUUAAAGACUCUUUCAAACGACUUUUUGAAGGUGGAGAACAGUCUCUUGGUCUUUCCUAUAAUGGCACACUCGAGAUAAACUGUUCAAAGGACAUCAAAAUCCAAGGUGUCAUUGGACCUUGCACAUCUUUGGAGAAGAAAGGGCCUUCUGUUGCCAGUACGGUUGUUGGAGAAGGGAACACUACAUCUUGGAAGUUGUGUGGCCUUGAUAGGAAUACUUGCUUGACUGUUUUCUUUGAUAUAUCGUCAAGUGAAAAAUCAGAUCCAUCAGGAUCAAAUCCUCAAUUAUUCCUACAGUUCCUUACAAGCUACCGGAGCCCUGAAGGCCAAUCGCUGUUGAGAGUUACAACUGUUACCAAAAGAUGGGCGGAUAGUGCUCUUGGCACAGAGGAGUUGGUCCAAGGGUUUGACCAAGAAACUGCUGCUGUCAUAGUGGCCAGAUUUGCAUCUUAUAAAAUGGAGAAUGAGGAUGGUUUUGAUGCCACACGGUGGUUGGAUCGGAAUCUGAUUCGUCUUUGUGCCAAAUUCGGUGACUACCGGAAGGAUGACCCGUCCUCAUUUACAUUAAAUCCCUCUUUUUCAUUGUUUCCUCAAUUCAUGUUUAAUCUGCGGCGUUCACAAUUUGUGCAGGUAUUUAAUAACAGUCCAGAUGAGACAGCAUGCUUCCGCAUGUUGCUCAACCGGGAGAGCAUAAGCAACUCCGUUGUUAUGAUUCAACCAUCACUGAUGGCAUAUUCUUUCCAUUCAUUGCCCACACCUGCUUUGUUGGAUGUGGCAUCAAUUGCAGCUGAUCGUAUUCUGUUGUUAGAUACAUACUUCAGUGUUGUAAUUUUCCAUGGGAUGACGAUAGCUCAGUGGAGAAACAUGGGCUACCAGAAUCAACCAGAACACCAGGUUUGUGCGCGUUUUGUUCUUUGCUUCUUCCACUGGUCAGAAUUUCUAUUUUGAAUAUGGGGUGUGUUU